UUUUUAUCAGUGUAUCAACUCAGUGUCUUCCACUGUUGAUGACUCUGUCUUCCUCCACGUCCAAGACUUCUUCCAUACCACCAUGACCUUGAGGUGUAUGUGGAGCCCGACGUCACGUCUGUUUUAAUCACUCAAUCCGGCUGAUGGUGUGCGUCGUGAGCCUCCAGCACUUCGCCAUUCACCACACCUGCAGAGAAACCCAGUUGGGAGGUGAGAAGAAAUUUCUCUUGGAGCCAGUCUUGUGCAUUGAGUGAGUGAGUUAAGACACACAAAUUGGUGUCUAUUCUCCCUUCUCUCAACAAAUCUUGAGAAGUUCAUCUGGGAGGUGGAAUCGUGAGAUCCUUCCAUCAGAAGAUCUAUUGACGAAUCCUUAAAGAGAAGUGGAAAAUUUUGUCGAGUGGCGGAGAAAAAGUGAAGAAAACUGUGGCAAGAAAAAAAAGUGAUUUGGUGCAAAUUGCCAGGCUCGAUUGGAUCUUAAAUGCAAUUUAUAUGUGACACAGUAAUUUCUUGUGAUUUUCAUUUUUUGCCCUGAUCCAUUCGUCUUUCUCUUUAUUCGAUUUUUGCACGGGGAAAAAAAGUACACAGACAAGUUAUGUGGAAAAGUGGUGCCUGUCUUUGGUUGCAUGCCAUUGCGCUUAUAUUUACUGCAUUUCGCAUAACUUCCGGUCAGAAACCCGACGAGGAAUACAAAUGCCCCAUCGAUGUGGGCAAUGGCAACUACGCUGACCCAGUGACUUGCAAGAGGUUCUAUCAGUGCGUAGAUGGUUACCCCUACCUCAAUCGCUGUCCAUCUGGCCUCUACUUCGAUGAUAUCAACAAAUACUGCACCUUCAAAGAUGAGGCACGCUGUGGACCAAUUGCUACGACUCCUGCACCAGUCACAGACACUCCACAGGAUUUGGCGGUGAAAUGUAACCCAGCUGAAUGUGAUUUGCCCUAUUGCUAUUGUUCCAAAGAUGGCACAUUAAUCCCUGGUGGGCUUGAUCCCGAUGAUACGCCCCAGAUGAUUAUCCUGACAUUUGACGGUGCUGUGAAUCUCAAUAACUUCGAACACUACAGGAAGGUGUUCAAUGGCAAACGAAAGAAUCCAAAUGGUUGUCCAAUCAAAGGUACUUUCUUCAUUUCCCACGAAUACAGCAAUUACCAACAAGUCCAGACACUAGCGUCUGAAGGUCAUGAGAUGGCCACCGAGACUAUCUCGCUACAGCAAGGUCUCCAAGACAAGGGCUAUGAGGAAUGGGUUGGCGAGAUGAUUGGUAUGCGAGAGAUUCUCAGACACUUUGCCAACGUCUCGACAAACAGUGUCGUGGGAAUGAGAGCACCCUUCCUCAAGCCCGGACGCAAUACUCAGUACAAAGUGAUUGAGGACUUUGGCUACAUCUAUGACAGUAGUGUCACUGUUCCUCCUCAGUCACACCCUGUUUGGCCCUAUACACUGGACUACAAGAUACCACAUGAGUGCAAAAGUGGUACAUGUCCUACAAAGGCUUUCCCGGGAGUCUGGGAACUACCCCUGAAUGCUCACUAUGUGGAGAGUUACGAGGGUGGACACUGUCCCUACCUCGAUCAGUGCGUUCUGCACAACCACGAUCCCACCGAUGUUCUCGAGUGGCUCCAGGAAGACUUUGCUCGCCACUAUGAACAAAACAAAGCACCCUACAUGAUGGCUUUCCACACCAACUGGUUCCAGAUCAAAGAACUGGAGCAGGGACUUCAUAAAUUCCUGGACUGGGCAAAUUCAUUGCCCGAUGUCUGGUUCGUGACGGCUACACAGGCUCUGCAGUGGAUCACGGAUCCCAAACCACUCAAGUCUCUGGCCAAAUUCGAUGCCUGGGACUGCAAGAAUAACGUUAAUGCAGCACCAAAGCCAUGCAACAUCUCCAACAAAUGCGCCCUGGCCUUCAAGAGGCCCCCCAGCAAUAUCACUGACACGCGCUACAUGGAAACCUGCACAGAGUGCCCCAAUCAAUAUCCCUGGCUCGGGGAUGCAGAGGGCACGGGCGUCCCAGGACGUGAUAACUACAUCUACAGCUCCGACAAGGAGCCUCAAAUCACCAACUGAAAGUUGGUAGAAGUUCUUGUUUUGUAAUCGCGAAUAAAAAGUACUGUGGAAGAA